AUAAUCUGUUAGUCAUAUACUGUCAAUGUCAUAUUCACAUGUUUAUUACUGCCGCGUGUUUUAUAGUUUUAUUUGUGAAAAAUUAAUGAAAUAGGUACUUAUUACAUAUUAAAAAUACAAUGAAAGUGUUAUCAGAAGAAAGAACAAGGAUAUUGUUCGAAAAACUAACAAAAUACAUCGGUGUUAAUGUAAAACUCUUAAUAGACAGACCUGAUGGUACAUAUUGUUUUAGAGAGAAAAAAGACCGCGUUUAUUACAUAUCGGAACGUCUAUUACAACUAGCGCAAACUGUCAAACCGGACCAUUUAAUAUCAGCAGGAACAUGUUUUGGAAAAUUCACAAAGACAAAUAAAUUCAGAUUGCACAUAACCGCCCUGAAUUAUAUAGCUCCUUAUGCGUCGUACAAGAUUUGGGUCAAACCAUCAGCAGAACAGCAAUUCUUGUAUGGCCAUCAUGUAAUAAAAAGUGGGUUAGGACGAAUUACAGAAAAUACCCCCAAACACCAGGGUGUAGUUAUAUACACUAUGUCAGACAUACCUAUUGGAUUUGGAGUUGCAGCUCGAAACACAAUGGAGUGCAGACAUGCAGAUCCAUUAGCGACAAUUGCUUUCCACCAAGCAGACAUUGGUGAAUAUAUACGCUCGGAAGAAACACUCACAUAAUAAAUAACUUUUUAAUA